AUGGCAGACCUUAACUCUACUUCCGGGUCAUCGUUUUCCACCGACUCCAGCUCGAGCGGCACCUCGCAUCCUAUUGAACCUCGGUUCCGUUUGGCCUGCGAGGAAUGCCACAUUCGCAAAGUUCGAUGCGAGCCGUCGCUCGCCGGAUCUGGGGGCAGUUGCGAGGCAUGCCGGCUCAAUCAGCGGCGCUGCCUCUUUUCCCUCCGGAGUAAGAUUGGACGACCCCGAAAACAGACGGCAUCCAUCAAAACCAAGGCCGCGGCACACAGUCCCACUGCUAUACCCAUUACUGGUAGGUAUCCGCAGACUAUGACUGUCCUGCAGAUGCUGGCGCAAUCGGAAGACUUGCUAGAAAGCCCGAAUGGUUCACAGCCGCCAAAAGACUCGUCACAGGACCAGUUAAAUGCGCGUCGCCGUGCCCGAGAUGAAACAAGUCGAUGGGAAAGUACGGCAUGGCACCCGAUUUCAGAAACACUCACUAAGGACCCGGUCAGGGACGUAUCUACGGAUUACAAUUUCGAAGAAACCGGGCGAUUUGGCACCGACAGUGAGCGCUUUAGGCAGUUGAUGACACCCAAUACUGUUGGUGCUCAGAUAGAAUUCUUCGCAUCAGAUUUUGCACGAACAAGAGAGUCACUUCAAAUGGAUGCGCUUAUGAUAGAGAGCUGCUACGCCACCGGCGAUGUCACUGAGAGUUCCGAAACCGAUGGUGAACAAGAAUUCCAUAAUGCGCUUAAGCUCUAUGGAGAGCUCCACAAUCGCUGCAAAUCUAAAAGACUUGAUAUACUCGCUGAGACUGACCAAGACGAGCUCUCCUUAAUCUUUCAGACUUUGGACAAGCUCAACCAAACAACUUCCGUGCUCCAAAACAAUCCAUCCUCGCAGCAGCAGCAGCGAACAGAGCAAUCCAAGUGGAGAAUCGUCCGGGUCGCGGUGAUAGAGGCGGUUGAAAUGUGUAUCGGGAUUAUUGAAUUCAAUUUUCAUCUCUACAAUAGCCUUGGGACCAUGGAUGAUGGGCGAUCCUCUGCAGAGGAGCCCUCCCUAACUAGCUCCGGUAGUGUGGCGGGAUGCAAUUGCCUCGCUCCCAAGGACGAGCACCGUCUUGAAGUUCAGCUAAGGGGCCUUGAACUCCUCAUUCGUCUGGACCACUCACUUACCCGGUUCCGGCUCUUCAUGUCGAAGCAGGAUUGCUCUCAUGGCAGUGAUCGUUACCGCGACUCAUCGUCAUUCUCGGGGUCUAAGCCUCGUACACCGUGCCAAUGCUGGAUUACGUCCAUACCAGAAAUCGGAGCAGUCCGUUCCCGAAUUUCCGAGUUAUCUGACAGAUUGCGAGGUCUGUGGGACUAA